AUGAAGGAGAGCGCAGUUGGAGGACGGACGCCAGUGCAGCAGAUUCUUCUGGACGCGGCUGCCAAGAUCACGGACAGCACUGCAUCACAGCUGCCAUCUACGUCAACGCUUCGACGUACAGUUAGAAGACAGAGGCAACGUGCAACCUUUGUUUAUGAUAUUCCUCCCAGCAGAGAAGAUAUCCAUCUCCCACCUGAAUUCAAGUUGUACACACUUCAUGCCCUGAAGAACGGGAUCGUCGUGCCCAUGGUGUACGGUCUACUGCCCAACAAAACCGAGAAAACAUAUAGGAGGUUCUUCUCUGUCGUCAUCGACAACGUCGGGCCCUGCGCUGUUCGUGUGCUGUACACGGACUUCGAGAUUGCUGCUAUUAACGCUGCUCGUGAUGUCAUUUCGGACAUCCGGAUUCAAGGGUGUUUUUUUCACCUGGCCCAGUCGGUUCAUCGUAAGCUGUGCGCGCUGGGGUUUCAAGCACGUUACGGCACGGACGAGGCAUUUGCAGUCAAGAUGAAAAUGCUCCCAGCCUUGGCGUUUCUUCCUGUUGAGGCUAUCCCAGAGGCGUUUCAAGACUUGUUGGAAGUAUUCCCACAGGAGGCGAUCGGACUGGCUGACUACUUUGAGGACGUUUACGUCGGUCGACCACGUCGAAACGGCGUCAGCUCGGCUCAAUUUCCUCCGAAACUCUGGUCAGUGUACGAGGCGGCACUUGAUGGAAUGCCGCGGACAAACAACAGUGUGGAGGCGUGGCACUAUGGGCUACAGAGCAACGUGAGAUGCACUUCACCGAACAUCUGGGUGUUCCUCGACUCCUUGAAAAAGGAGCAGGCCCUAAGCGAAAUGAAGCUCAGUCAAGCGGCAAGCGGGUUCACUGCCACAAGGGUGUCGCGGAAGCAGGAGGCAUUCAACAAGCGCCUCCAAAGAAUUCUCGGACGCUACGAUGGAACAGACAACAUGGAUAUCCUCGAGGCUUGCGCUAGAAGUAUAACAUUGUAAGCGGAGGGGUAUUUGCAGAGUUACAGAUGCGAAUAAA